AUGGCAGCAGCAAGGCCCUACGCCUGGCCUCACGAUGCCUCUUUCUCCCGAGAGACCACUGCGCUGGUCAUUGUAGACAUGCAGCGCGACUUCUGCUCCCCGGGCGGCUACCUCACCAGCCAAGGCUACUCCAUCACCGCCACGCGCUCCAUCAUCCCCUGCCUUCAGCGCCUCCUCAUCGCCUUUCGCGCCUCCGGCUACCAAAUCUACCACACCCGCGAAGGCCACCGCCGGGACCUCUCGACCCUCUCCCCCCGCGAGGCCUUCCGCUCCCGCAACAACGCCUCCGGCCUCGGCAUCGGCGACCCGGGGCCCCUCGGUCGCCUCCUUAUCCGCGGCGAAGAGGGCCACGACACGAUCCCCGAGCUGUAUCCGCUGCCAGGGGAGCCCGUUAUUGAUAAGCCCGGGCGGGGCGCGUUUGCGCAUACGGACUUUGAGCUGUUGUUGAGGGUUAGGGGGAUUAGGAAUCUGGUUGUUUGUGGGGUUACCACGGAUGUGUGUGUGAGUAGCACGAUGAGGGAGGCGAAUGAUAGGGGGUUUGACUGUUUGCUACUCGAGGAUGGGUGUGCGGCGGCUGAGGAGGAGUUGCAUGAAGCGACGGUUAGGGGGGUGCAGAUGGAGGGGGGUAUUUUUGGGGCGGUGGGGAGGGUAGACGAUGUGAUUGAGAUGCUGAAGCGUGCUGGGGCGGAUGAGGUUUGA